UUUGAGAGCCACUGUGACAAAUCUCUCCACUACGCACGCUCAAUUCUUUAAACUCUUGCCAACUUCACAUCUAUUAUUGCCGGAAUGCUAUUUUUCCAAAUGUCAGCUGUCACUCACACAUGUCGAAUAACUGGAAUUCGCCAAUUACUAUUUUUCACACAAAAUCAACAAAUUGUUUUUGUUUUGUUUUUUCUUAUUUUUCUUUUAAGAAUAAAAUAAAAAUUACAUUUUAGAUGAGUUUAUUAAUUAUUUACAAAUUGCUUUUUCAUGAAAUACAUUGGUUGUUGGUUUAAUCGAUGAAAUGUUUCUUUAAAAUUAAGUUAAAGUGAAAUUUGUAACAAGCCAAGUGCCCAAAAGUGUUGCAAUGCAAAAAGUGAAAUGGAAAUCUUCUAAAUUAAAAAGUUAAAUAAAAUAAUUAAAGAUGGAAUCCAAUAAAAAAUCAAGUCCGGCAAAAAAACCAAAACCAAUCCAAAAGCCGCCUGUGUCAAAUAAAAAGAAAAACACAAAUAUCCCAAAUGCAAAAGCAUCACAAUCGUCCAGCAAAAAUGUGUCUAAUUCGACUAAAGCGUCGGAAAGUAACCCAACUGCCAAGGCAUCACAAUCGUCCAAUAAAAAUGAAUCCAAUUCGAAACAAUCGGCAGAUAAACCAACAAGUCGACAACAUUCUGAGCACAACGACAGAAGAUAUCAAAGACCAGAAAAACCCUAUCAUCGACAUUCAAAUCAGAGACGUGAUAAUAGAAACCAUUACAAUUCAAAUUACGACUCUGACCGAAAUUUCAAUCGAAGGCCAUACCAAAAUUGGAAUUCUUCUUCGAAUCCAAAUAAUUUCAGUAAUCGUGUGUGGCAACGUAACUAUAACUCAAAUCAUUCAUAUAAUCGAUAUGGAAAUUCAAAUUAUCAAAACUUUAAUAAUUUCCAAAGAGAUGGCGGAAACAAUUAUCCCAAUAAUCACUCACGGCAGCAAUCUGAAACUUUUAGAAACUUUCAAUCACCAAAUGUUGAAUCGGUGCAAAAUAACAUAGGCAAUUUUUUGGAUAAUUCCGAAAAUCAAAACUUUUGUGCGGAUAAUAGUGCUGGAGAUAUUCCGGUGCAAGAAAGCAAUCCACCUGAUACAGAACCUACUACAAUUCAAAAUCAAGAAGUUGCAUUUAAUCAACUUGAUGAAUACUUACCAAAUCAAGUUGACGAAAAUCAACAACUAAACAACGACACUUUUCCGCUGGAACAAUUAACAGAACAAAACCAAGAACAAGUUUCAUUUACCAUUGAAGAAAUUAAUGAAGAUUUUCAACCUAUCCAACAAAUACACGAAAAUAUUCAAGAAGAAUUGUCAACAAAUCAAAAUAUUCCUUCAGAGCAAUUUGAACAAUUAAACCAGUACAACAGUCCAAACCAAAGCACAAACGAUCUACUUGCCAAUAUAAAAACCGAACUUCCAGAACCAGAAUUUAAUUUAGACAACUGCCUUAAUAGUAACAAUCCUUCUCCUCUAAUUUCUGUUAUUCCGAUUUCCCGCUUAAUCAAAAGCGAAAUUCAAGACUUGAAUAGAAAUGAUAUAAUUGCUCCAACCACUCCCACUGGAACAUCUCCAAAGACGGCAGUUUGA